AUAGAGAGUGAAGGAAGGAAGCUCGGGGACGAUAGAAGUUACCUCUGAACUACAAAGCACCAAUUUUACAUUAAAUUCUCACGCAGAACACACACUGGCAUAUACAUACACUUAUUCUGUGUAUCUAUCACCCUCCAUAUUCAUAUUUUUUUGAAAUGCUUUGAUUAAUUCAUGUAAUCUAGGGCACAAAUUGUCCCUCUGCUUUGACUUGAGGUACCUUGUGCAUCAAAGCCAAAACCCUAAUUCCGCGACCCCAGAUUGCAAUUCAUUCCCGUCUAACCGUAAUUGAGGAAUUAUUUUCCUAGUUAUGCAUGGGAUGCAGUUCAGCACAUGUUCGCAUAGUCAAUGCCGAAGUUGAUUCUAUGGGAGGUGUUGUUGAGGGCGGAGUUGGAAUUGCUAUCAAAUCUUCUCCGCAUAAAGUAGCAAUAGAGAAGGUUCAGGUGGAGCUCAGGCAAGAAUGUGGUGUUCGGGCUGAAAGGAAAAGAGAAUUGGAAUUUCUUGAGAAGGGUGGAAACCCCUUAGAAUAUGAUUUUGGGACUGUUGCUUCAGUUAGUGUUCAGUCUACUUCAGUCACCGACCAACAUCCUGACCAGUUUGUGACCAGUGAAGCAAAAGGCAGUCUUGCAUUUACAGCAUCACCUCGUCGAGACUCUGUUGAGAGCUGUGGUAGACCCGGGACAACUCUUUGUGACCCUAAUAGUGCUGAUAAUCUCUUGUUAUUUGAAGCUGAAAAUGAAUUUUCUGAAGGUGGUAGGAGUCGUAGGAGUAGUGUUAAGCAAUCUGAUCAAUCGUUCCAAAUGGACGUGGGUCUCAAAACUCAGGAACAAGGGGAUUCAGCUACUUUUGCUCUUCCUAGAAAAGCAUAUAAGAGAAGGAACAGAUCUUGGCCCAAUCGUGAUGGAGCUAGGUUGAGUUCUACUUCUACUGAUGUAAAUCCUGCUCAGGGGCUUCACGAAACUCCCCUACCAUUUCGUCAUGUCUCUAAGGAUGUUGAAGUAUUGUCGUCUGAUGAGAAUAAUCAAAAUAUAAUGUCAAAUCUGAAAUCAAAGCCUACAAGCCCACGUAAUGAUAUUCUUCCAAAGGCUGUAGCAACAGAUUGCCAGGCUAUUGGGUUGGAUGAGCUGAGGCCUUCUAAAUCAACAAAGGACCAGGUACAAGGUGUUUCCUUGGAUACUGCAUCAGAUGUUAUUGCUUCUGAGAACCUGUUAAAUGGUCAACUUAACCAACAAUCACUUUUAGUGGUUGCAGACACUCGUAAGCAGAUAGAUUCUAAUGAGCCUCAAGCAAUCAAGACUGUAGAAAUGGCUUCUGCAGCUAUUGUGUGUCAGCCAAGUUCAACCACUUUAAAAGUUGAGAAUCAAUCUAGUUCAUGUCAGACUAAUGGUUUUAGCAGAAAGAUAGGGGAUGAUACCAUCACUGACAUUCAUCAUAAUGACGCUUCCCAUGGCCUAAAGGUUUUGGAUUCUGAGACAUCUUGCAUGCCGACCAGUCUAAGUUUUGAUCGGAACAAUGAUAGUGAAAUGUGUAAUGUAGUCGGAAAUCUUGACUCUCACGGGAAUCCUAAAAAUCAAUAUCCACAAGACGGGACCACUGUUCCAGGAAGUGACCAGUUUGGAAAAGAGACAAAUGAUACUGAAGUAAAUAACAGCUAUGCUUUUACCAACAACGAGUCCGCUUCUGCUCGUCAUAGUAAGCCGGAUAAGGAUUCUUUACUCACCCCAAAUGAAUUAGAUCAAGUGGAAUCUUCAUUACAAGACAAGGUGAAAGAUCAAGGUACCAGCGAGGGCAUGGUAGGUCCUGACACCUCUCAAUUAGAAUCUGGGGUGAAACCCACUGUUCUUUUGGUUGAUAGUUCAGGACAGCCUAAAGAAAGUCAUCAGGACACUUUUGAUCCCUCAAAAUCAGAGCUGCCUGACCUUGCAUUCUCAAAUAGAGUUUCUACUAUUUCCACUGAGGCUCAAACUUCUCCUGGGUCUGACUCAAAAUUGGCAAGCAGUGUUGAUGAAGAUUCAGUAUUGAAAGAAGCAAAAAUUAUAGAGGCCAAACGCAAGAGAAUUGCAGAAUUGUCUGUUGUUACAUCGCCAGUUGAGAUUUCCCAAAAAUGUCAUUGGGAUUACGUACUUGAAGAAAUGACUUGGUUGGCUAAUGAUUUUGCACAGGAGCGUAUUUGGAAACUAGCUGCUGCUUCUCAAAUAUCUUACCAAGUUGCUGUCGUUUCUCGUUUGAGAAAACAAGAAAGCCGUUCGGGCCUGGAUGCAAAGAGAGUUGCCCAUACCUUGGCUAAAGCCGUCAUGGAAUUCUGGCACUCUAUUGAAUCGCAAGCUCAUGAGACAAGCAAAGAACAGGAGCAGCAUUGCCGAAAAAAUGGGGCUCUUUCAAUCCGGGCUUAUGCAGUCAGUUUCUUGAAAUGUAAUAAACCAGAUGUUUUCUAUAACCAAGCAGAGGUGCCAGUAACACCGGAUAGAAUAUCAGACUCUGGAGUAGACCUUUCAUGGGAUGAUAGUUUGACCGAAGAGAACCUUUUCUACACAGUAGCCCCUGGAGCUGUGGAGGCCUACAGAAUGACAAGUGAUUCUCAUUUGGCUCAGUAUGAGAGAAUUGGGAGUUCCGCGCAAGAGGAAGUGGAGACGUUUGCUUGUGAUGCUGCAGCAGACUUUGAUUCUCAUUAUAAUGAGUAUGAUGAGGAUGAGGGAGAAACAAACAUUUAUAGCAUGCCGAUGGCCUUUGAAAGUACCAAAUCUUCAAGAUAUGGCCAAAAGAAGCGGAGACAUGUAGUGCAAGCAUAUGGUGCAAGGCCGUAUGAACUGGACUCUGAUCUGCUCCCUAUGCAGUCUUCGGAGACUAGAUUAAAAGCUCCACAGUUUGCUAUACUGGCAAAACGACCAGGCAGCAAUAUUAACGUGUCAAUUCCUACCAAACGGAUGCGAACUGCAUCCCGGAGAGUUAUCAGUCCUUUUGGUGUAGGGGCAUCUGGAUGCAUCCAGGUUCCAAAUAAAACAGAUGCUUCAAGUUGUGAUACAAAUUCAUUUCAGGAUGAUCAGACCACUGUGCGUGGUGGAUUCGCCAUUCCAAAUAGCUUGGAAGUUGACUCAGCUGGGGAAUCUGAAAAGCAAUUACCAUCUGACUUUGCCGAAGUAUCAACAAAACCAAAGAAGAAGAAAAAUGCAAAGCAUCUGAAUUCAACAUAUGAACAGAGAUGGCCGAUUGAUUCUAGCUUUCAAAAUGAACAGUUUUAUAGGGAUAUUUAUCAAAUGAGGACUGAGAUUAAUCCGCCCGAUUCAAAUGGAAAUAAUGGGUUACUGGGUCAACACAUUGCAAAGAAGCCGAAGCUUAUGCGGCAAUCACAAGAUAACACUUUUGACAGUAUCCCACCAAGUGCGCUGUCCGUUCCUUCACCAGUGGGCUCCCAAAUUAGUAAUAUGUCCAAUCAAAAUCAAUUUAUUAGAAUGCUUAGUGGUCGCGACCGGGGUAGGAAACCUAAAUCUUUGAAGAUGCCAUCUGGCCAAUCGGGUUCAGGAAGUUCGUGGUCACUCUUUGAGGACCAGGCCCUUGUUGUCCUAGCACAUGACCUAGGGCCCAACUGGGAGCUUGUAAGUGAUGCUUUUAACAGCACUUUGCAUUUCAAGUGUAUAUUCCGCAAAGCUAAAGAAUGCAAGGAUCGUCAUAUAUCCCUUAUGGAUAGAGGUUUUGGUGAUGGGGCUGAUAGUGCUGAUGACUCUGGGUCUUUGCAACCUUAUACAUCGACAUUACCUGGCAUUCCAAAGGGAAGUGCCAGACAGUUGUUUCAACGUUUACAGGGGCCAAUGGAAGAAGAGACUCUUAAAUCUCACUUUGAGAAGAUAGUUGUGAUUGGACAGAAACAACUUUAUCGGAAAACUCAGAAUGAUAACCAGGAUCCAAAGCAAUUCCAGCGGCCUCACACCUCUCACACGAUUGGUCUUUCUCAAGUGUGUCCAAAUAAUCAAAAUGGAGGCACCGUUUUAACGCCUCUAGAUCUAUGCGAUGCAAACCUUUCUGGGCCUGAUGUAGUUCCUCUUGGGUAUCAAGGGGCACUUUCUAGUGGAUUGGGUAUUCCUAAUCAGGCUACAGCGACUCAAACGCUUCCUGCAUCUGGUGCCACUGCUGCAUUACAGGGAGCCUCACAUAUGACUGGCAAUAAUUUAUCAUCCUCACCAGGUCCUGUUAAUACACCUACGAGGGAUGCUAGAUUUGGACUUCCGAGGUCUGGAUCAUUGCCUGCUGAAGAACAUCAGAGGAUGCAUCUCUACAAUCAAAUGAUAACCGGUAGAAACAUACCACAAUCCAGCAUCUCUGCUCCUGGAGCCGUCCCAGGACCUGAUCGUGGUGCUCGUAUGCUUUCUAGUGGCAAUGGCAUGGGUAUGAUGUCAGGUGCUAACAGAAACAUGCCUAUAGCAAGGCCUGCAGUGCAAGGAAUUCCUUCAUCAUCUAUGGUUAGUUCUGGCAAUGCAGUUUCCCCGGGUUUGUCAUCCGGAAAUAUGCACACUGGGGUAGGUGCUGGUCAGGGAAGCUCAAUUGUCAGACCUAGUGAAGCUUCGAGCAUCCAGCGGCCUGGCCUGAGUCAAGAUCCACAGAGGCAAAUGAUGGCUUCUGACCUCCAGACAAGCGGCAACAGUCAAGGAGUGUCUCACGUUGGUGGAUUAAGUUCCUCUUUUACUAACCCAACGACUUCACCGCCUGUGCCAUCUCACCCUCUUCUUCAUCAACCACCCCAUCCGAUAUCUCCACAGCAGCCUCAAGUUCUCAGUCCUCAUCAGUCACAUUUUCAAGGACCAGCAAAUCAUGCUCCCAACAACCAGCAGCAAGCCUAUGCCUAUCGUUUGGCCAAAGAGAGGCAGCUGCAACAUCGUUUUCUGCAGCAACAACACCAGCAGCCGCAGCUGCCGCAACAGUUUGCUGCCUCAAAUUCUGUGAUGUCGCAGGCUCAACUUCCUGUAUCGGCAUCUCCAAUGCUAAAUAGUCCACAAGUACAACCCCAGACAAGCUCUCCAACGGUACCACUUUCUCCAUCGACACCCGUUCCUUCGAUGAAUACAAUGCCUCAGCACCUGCAGAAACCUCAAAUGCCAACUCAAGGAGUUUCACGAAAUGCUCAGUCUGGUGGAAGUGGUUUGAACAAUCAGACGGGUAAGCAACGGGCAAGGCAACCACAUCAGCUUUCGCAAGCUAAUAGGCAACAUCCUCAGCAGCGACAGCAGUUACAAGCUCAGCAACAAGCUAAGGUCAAGGGAGCUGGUAGAGGGAUGCAGCAGAAUAUCUCAACUGAUGUCUUACCAAAUGGAGCUUCGACAAUUCCGGGGAACCAAUGUCUGGAGAAAGCAGAACCUGUCACCAGCUCUACGCAAAGUCAAGGUUUGUCUACUGUUUCCGCACAAAAUGCUGUGCAACCAGCAAGGCAAUACAUGGCUUCACAAUCCAAUCAAGCCCUACCCCAGCAAAAGAUGUAUUCAGGCCAACCAAUGCCUCAUCCCGAUAAUAGCAGUCAAAGCCAUGGUCCUUCUGCUUCUCCUUCUGUUUCGUCUGCUCCCCAGCAGUCCAGUUCAUCUGUGGCUGUUGCUGGGCCAAACAACCAAACCCCAUCUCACCAGAAGUUUUUGAAUCAAAAUCAACCAGCUCUUCAGAGACUUGGUCUACCAAAUCGCCAGAUUAUGCCCAACCCAUUAAGUAAACCCCAUGGUAGAUAUUCUAUUGUCAGCCAUCAUCCAGCAAGUGGCUCUGCUGGAACGGAUGCAAUGACUACAUCACCUCAGGUUUCUAACAUCGGUUCAAAUGCAGUUCCAGUUGUUUCACAGCCAAGUUCUCAUAAGUGGCAUGCUUCCGAACCAUUAGUGGAUUCGAAUUCAUUAAAUUCACCCCAAAGCUUGGUCUCUAUACCGUCUAACUCAAGUGAUCCUGUGCCGCAAGAAGCCCAAGGGCUUGGCCCGAGACCACCUUCCAGAUUACCCAUAGCUAGGCAUGACACUAAUGCACAAAGGCAACAGCUACAGCAAUCACUACAGGCUCCCUCUCCGGCACCCCAACCUCAGCACCACCAACAGCCAAUGCAGCCGCUACAUUCUCAGCAGCAGGCACAGCUUCUCCAAGCAGGGAGUGGCAAUAUGUAUGGUAGGUCGAGCGACACUAGGUUGGAAUGAAUGAAGGCCGCCCAACACUUAGGUGCAACAGAUAUUGGACAUGACUCGUGCCCAUAUUGGGUCUACCAUCCGUUGCAAUAGCAGCGUACAGAGAGGCCCGUGGGCACUGAAAGAGCGAGGUAAAGAUAACCGCUGAUUGAUGGUAUGACUUCUCUGCAAACUGGAAACAUUCUCAUCGAUCAAAAUUCUUGUUAGUGUGCUGUGUAAAUUAUUUAGACAAAUAGGGGUAGAUGUACAGUAUGUCUCACAUCUCCUUUAGGUACUGUCGAUUAUUUUUUUUGUGCUAACGCCAUGUGUAGAUCAGUCAUGUAUAAUUGGCCGUAACACUUAGGAGCCGUAACACUUAGGAGCUCGUUGUUAUUUUGCUUAUAUGGCAGAAGGCUGUGGAAUUUUUGUGAA